AUGCAGCCCAUUGCCUUCUUUGGAAUUCUAUUGCUUCUCUCUCCACAAGCACAGGCUGCACCAUCAUCGCUUCACUCUCAUCUGCAGCGCCACAGAGACCGCGCCGCUACACACGCUCACUUGAGCCAUCAACACGCAAAACUGAACAAGAAAGCCGAGACAGAGACGAUGAAGUCUUUCAGAGAUAUUGCACCACUAUUUCAAAACCUCAUGGCAACGGACAAACCAUCAGCACCGUCGCCGUACGUUGAAUCAACGUUGACGCCUCUAAAGCAUGAUGAUGAAUUAGACCAUGUUUACUCAGACUCCGACGACUCACAACUACGGGAAGCGAGGACAGAGUCAGCCCGCGAGCAACCAGGGCCUGAACGAACCAAGCUGGCGGCGAUAGGUCGGGGAGAGAGCCGCGUGAGGUCGGUCGCGGACGCUGUUGACAGCCGGCAUGCUGACUCUGCGUUGAGAUUGCUGCGUGCUCACGCUGUCGUCAAGCGUAACAGAUUUCAACGUGAGAUUUGA